ACAUCCGCUCUCGUCGCAGCUCCCACGACACCCGUCCAUCUCCAAACACAUCUCCCAACCAUUACCGACGACCCGUCGACUACAUAAACCACGUCCACGAUGCCUUCAGAACUCUGGUGACCCUUCUUCGGUGCGAUGGGCUGCACGUCUGCCAUCGUCUUCGCAUGUUUCGGUGCUGCCUAUGGCACCGCCAAAGCCGGUGUCGGUGUCAGCGCCAUGGGUGUCCUCCGCCCUGACCUGAUCGUCAAGAACAUUAUCCCCGUCGUCAUGGCUGGUAUCAUUGGUAUCUACGGUCUCGUCGUUUCCGUCCUCAUCUCCAACGGCCUGAAGCAGGACUCGUCGCUCUUCGCCAACUUCAUCCAGCUCGGUGCUGGUCUCGCUGUCGGUCUCUCCGGUAUGGCUGCUGGCUUCGCCAUCGGAAUCGUCGGUGAUGCUGGUGUCCGUGGAACUGCCCAGCAGCCCAGGUUGUUCGUCGGAAUGAUUCUCAUUCUCAUUUUCGCUGAAGUCUUGGGUCUUUACGGCCUCAUUGUUGCCCUUCUCAUGAACGCCAAGGCUGGUGACGAGAGCAACCACUGCUAGACAACCGACACUAUAUAGGAUUGCAGCUACGGCAAGCUCCUGCAAUCAACAACGGCGACGCGUAUUUCGGCGGACAAAUCCACGUUUACAUGACGCGCAUCCCAUACGUGCGCGGCAUGUUGUAUGUCUACACCUGUGUUCUCUUUUGGAGUGUUCCGAGCCACAAGAAAGAGAGCUAGAAUGAGAGGAGAGGUGUCAUCUGGGGACGGUAAAUAAUGGCUUCGAAUGACGAGCACUUUGCGAUCCAUUUGACGGCGUGUAUUUUAGGGUCUCAUCAAUUUCAUCUGCGCUUC